AUGACAGAUAUAAAUGUUGAACUGCUGAAAAUAGAUGGAACAAAACUGCACAGUCCAGGAAACGAACCAGAUAUAAAUAUCGAUAAUCUAUUAGAGCACGAGGUUGGUGCUUAUGGAUUGUGGCAAUGGUGCAUAACGCUCUGCUUAAUGUUGAGCAAUUCAGCAUUAGUAUCUUUUGCUAUCUAUGCGAAUUCAGCGCCAAGGCAUCGUUGUCGAAUGAAUGAUCAAAUAGAAAACUAUAUUGAUCAGAAUAAUAUCUCUUUCGAAGUAGCAGCAACUCUUAUUGGACCAUGGUUUACGAAGGAUAUUCAUGACGCGAAUCAAAUUAAUGGUUGUGUUCGUUAUGAACUAAACUGGACGACAUAUAAAUUUGUGGAUUUAUUAAAUUCAAGAAAGGAUUUGAACACCUCACAUCUGAGUACAAUACAAUGCUCUAACGGUUAUGUGUUUGAAGAUAGCAAACUACACUAUCCCGGUAAUGUUAUUCAGGAGUUUUCAAUUGUGUGUCAGUAUGCAUGGUUUGCACCUCUUGGUACCUCUGUGUUUAUGUUCGGCAUGAUGCUAGGAUUUAUUUUAAGUGGAAUAUGUGGCGAUAAAUUUGGCAGGAAGUAUACAAUGCUAACUUUUGCAGGAAUAGAAUUUUUGGGUGGUAUUUGGACUUCAUUAUCACCAAAUUUCGUAAGUUUUAUGUUAGCUAGAGCACUCAUGGCUGUGGGUUGUACAGGGAAGUUGAGUGUUGCAAGUGUAUUUGUAGCAGAAUGGACAUUACCACGUUAUCGAUCCAUAUAUUGUACAAUGAUAUCCCUUAGUGUAAAUUUCUUGUUUCCGGCCCUAAUGGCCUUGUGGGCGUACUUGAUCCCGAAUUGGAGAUGGCUCAAUAUUGCUAUCACGUGUCCAAAUUUAUUGAGUGUAUUUUAUUACAAACUUCUACCAGAAUCACCAAGAUGGUUGCUAGCCCGUAGGAAGAAUGAUACAGUAAUUCAAGUAUUAAAAAAGGCAUAUACUGUGAAUCAUUCAAGGAGUAUAUGCUGUGGCCAAAAAAAUCAACCACAUCCUGAGAAACUUGAAAGUUUAGCUAAAUUCUAUUGCGAUAAACUUCCGCGGGCAGUUUCCGAGACACAGUCAAGUAAUGAAAUACUUAUAAACAAUAAAACUGAUGACAAAUCCGAUAUCUCUAACAAAAAGUUGUCAAAACAGUUAUAUUUGCUAGCCUGUUUGUAUUUGGUAUUGUAUCGUGUGUUUACGGUUUACUUCUUUGGUUUCUUGAAUUCUACUACAGCAAUACCAGCGUUUAUCAUAUCAACAGUCUCAUAUCGUAUUACAGUUUAUCGUAAACGUCCACUGGGAGUUGUGACUGGAUUGAAUAUAGUACUGCUUGGUGGAACUGCAUUAUUUCAGCUCAUUGUGAAGCCGGAAACGGACAUGGUACUGACUAUAUGUUCAAGUAUUUCACUGACCUUAUUGAAUUCAUCCUUAUCAAUGUGUUACAUAUUUGUAGCAGAACUCUUUCCACCGAGAAUUCGUACACGCUGCUUUGGAAUUGUACUCGGUGUAUCUAGAGUUGGCAGUAUGAUGUCAAGUUUCAUCAAUGAAUUGGAUCUUCACCUAGGACACGGUGCGCCAUUCAUAGUUUAUUGCAUAAUUCUUACACUAGAAUUUUUCAUUCUAUGGAUAUUGCCUGAAACAGGAUGGAGUAAAGAAUCUUGUUUGUCGGUGGAUCAGAAUGUUGAAAACGACUGUGUUUCACAACUUUAA